AUGGGUCGGGGCAAAAUCGAGAUAAAGAGGAUCGAGAACGCGAAUAACAGGCAAGUCACGUUCUCGAAGAGACGUGCUGGGUUGCUGAAGAAGGCUCAUGAACUCGCCGUUCUUUGCGAUGCCGAGGUUGCUGUCAUCGUCUUCUCGAAUUCCGGCAAGCUCUUCGAGUUCGCCAGUUCUGGUUGUCUGAUGGUCGAGACGAUGGGAAGACCGGUUGAGUACAGAAGAUCACAAGAGGGGUCUCAUCGGGGAGAACAUGAUCCCAAAGGAACAUUUAGUAGAGACGUGAUGAGGGAUUCUCGGAAAGUCUGUUCUGAUCUAGGCAUUAGGAGUAACUUGAUGGAGCUAAUGGCUGAAACUGAAGCCGAGUCUCAAAUCUGGGAAGAAGAUAGCAGUGCUCGUAGAAGAGGAAGGAAUCAAUCCCGUUCAGAACUGUUUACAGAGAAAGCUCUGUCUUAG